AUGAAGGAUUGGGCCCCCAGAAAAGUCCCUAACUCUGUUAUGAACCUCCAUCCUGGUGCUGCAUUUAGUGGUGUUCAUGAUUGUUACUGGAAGAAUGGGGCUCCAGGUUUCCGGAACAAUCAUCUUGGUCCACUGCAACCAAAUGAUCAAAAGCCUUUAGAUAUGAAUCCCACUUAUGAAAGCUAUCAGAAUCAACCAAAAUCUGCACUUCCCCAGGGACCCAAUACCCUAUAUCCUGCUACUCACACAGCACCCCCGAGUUAUCAGUCCUCAUUGCAAACUGUGCCACACAUUGUUCCACCCUUAGAUUCUCAAAGGGUAAGCAAACUGCAGAUUCCAACAAAUCCUAGAAUUGCUCCCAGUUUGCCCUUGGGUUUACCCAAAACCGAUAGGGAUAAUUCUGCAACCAGUGCAGCUACAAAGCCAGCGUAUAUUAGUGUUUCACUGCCGAAGCCAAAUGACAAAGUGUCAUCGCAUGAUGCUGCUGAUUCUAUACUGAAGAUGCAUCUAAACUCUCAUGUUGACAGAGGAGGGAUGGAUGCCAUAACCUACACACUCUUAGCACGGGAUGGGGCAGUAGGAGAGUGGGUUGAGGUGAGGCUAGGUGCCAGGAAUGGAUACUGCUUCUUGACUUCUCGGAGAAACAUUGCUGUGAUGUGUUCAACUACUUUUAUUCCCUCAAGGUUUGAAUGGACCAAGUUUAGGAGUUCAAUCUGUGGAGAGGUGAUGGUGACCCUGCUUGCCUCUGCCUGGGAGCCCAAUAGGUUUUUGGUGGUGAUCAUUGUUCCUGGUUCCCUAUCCUACAUUUUUCAUGAGCGAAGAAGAAAACAAAUAAGAACUGCUUGUGCGUUAUGUGUUGAUGGUGCUGCUAAUGUAAGUACAGGAGCAAGGUUACUUGGGACCCAGAAAGUUUUGCCUGGUAUGUUUCCAAAGUCCCUGCGGGGUUAUGUGGAAAGGGCUUUGGCUCGUUGUAAAGAUGACACACAAAUGGUGGCUUGCCAGGUUGCCUUGAAGGAGGUCAUCACUAGGGCAACUGCUGAUGGGACGCUUUAUACACGAGACUGGGAUACUGAGCCUCUUUUCCCACUGCCCAAUUUGGAUGGUGUUCAUAAGGACAGUGUUUUUUCCACUCCUAUCUCUUCAUUGCCAAAGAACAAAAGAAGUCCAAGUAGGCGAUCCAAAAGUAGGUGGGAGCCUGUGCCGGAGGAGAAACCUGUUGACAAAACGGCAUCCGUGAGUCAAGCUGCCGUAAACUAUGGUAGUUGGACUCAUUUCAAUGAAAGGGACAAGCAGUUUUCAGUGAGAAAAUCGGAGAACAAGGAGGAUAAUUUUAGUAGUGUAAAAUUUUCUUUCUCGGACCAGAAAACUGCUAAUAAAAAUGCCCAAUCCCCAAGGCCAGCUAAGAGGCAGUGUCUGGGUGAUGUUCUGAAUUCAAUGGAUAAUGUUGAAGCAUCCAGUGAUAGUGACAAGGAACAAAAUUUAACUGCAUAUUAUUCUGCUGCAAUAGCCCUUGGGGAUUCACCAGAGGAAAGAAAGAAACGUGAGAAUCGCUCAAAACGUUUUGAAAAGGUACGUGGAAAUCGAGCUGACAAUAAUCUUUUUAGGCCAAAGAAUGUUGGGGCUGGAAAUUUGUAUGCUAGACGGGCAAGUGCGUUGGUGCUUAGCAAAAACUUUGAAGACAGCAGUAGCAGGGCGGUUGAAGAUAUUGACUGGGAUGCUCUUACUGUCAAAGGGACCUGCCAAGAAAUUGAGAAACGAUACUUGCGUCUCACUUCUGCACCUGAUCCUUCCACUGUGAGACCUGAAGAAGUGUUAGAAAAAGCUCUGGGUAUGGUACAAAAUUCUGAAAAGAAUUACCUUUACAAAUGUGAUCAGUUAAAAUCUAUUCGCCAAGAUCUUACUGUGCAACACAUACGCAAUGAGCUAACAGUUGAGGUCUAUGAAACUCAUGCUCGAUUUGCAAUAGAAGUUGGGGACUUGGCAGAAUAUAAUCAGUGCCAGUCACAAUUGAAAACACUUUAUGCGGAAGGAAUUAAGGGAUGCCAUAUGGAAUUUUCGGCUUACAAUUUACUUUGUGUCAUCUUGCACUCUAAUAAUAACAGGGAUCUCCUAUCGGCAAUGUCAAGAUUAUCAGUUGGAGCUAGACAGGAUGAAGCUGUAAAACAUGCUCUUGCAGUUCGUGCAGCUGUCACUUCUGGAAAUUAUGUAUUGUUUUUCAGAUUGUAUAAGACUGCUCCUAACCUUAAUACCUGCCUUAUGGAUCUUUAUGUUGAAAAGAUGAGAUACGCUGCUGUGAGAUGCAUGUCUCGUUCAUGUCGGCCUACAGUUCCUGUUUCAUACAUUGCUCAGGUCCUAGGCUUCCCCACUGUCAUGCCUACAGUUGAUGCAAGUGGUGAGAAGGACACAGAUGGAUUGGAGGAAUGUGUGGAAUGGUUGAAAGCUCAUGGUGGGUGUCUUACUGCAGAUAACUCUGGGGAGAUGGUACUUGAUACAAAGGCUUGUAUGUCCAGUCUCUACAUGCCAGAGCCCGAAGAUGCUGUGGCCCAUGGAGAUGCCAGCCUAGCCGUUAAUGAUUUUUUGACAAAGCAUUCUUGAUAGCUGAAAUCCAACUAUAUUGAAAGAAAACCAGUAGGGAAUGUGCUGCCCCUGAAGAUCUAGUGUUUGAGGGAGCCCAGGAAGCAGCAGAACUGAUGUUUCCAAGGUGUGGCCUGGAACCUGGGCAAGGUUGAUAACCCCGUUCACCUUAUCGAGGAUACGGAGGAGGAUCACGCCCGUAUGAGGUGAGUGACAUCUGAUUGAAAUAGAAAAAUUAAGAGUCCCCCUUAAAUUUUUAUGGUUACAACAGUGGCAUGGCUCGUGUUAAGUGUAAUGUUGUAUGAAUAAUUUUCUGUUUUAAAGAAAUUAUCAUUAUUCUUCAUGGAACACAAAUCAUGGUAUGUGUACUGGAGGGAAAAAUGGAAUAAGGAAAAAUAUCAGCAUUACUGUGUUUUGUAAAUGAACUGCCAAGUGCUGGAUCAGCUUAACUUAGUUGCAUGAUGGCUGCUGGCCACUUGAUAAAUUUUGAGGGUAGAACCUGCUAUGCUAUUUGAUUCAGCAAUCACACCUACUCUUGGAAAAAGUUUACUUUUGUGCUCAGGGUUAAUAAUUGAGCCAAACUAUUUGG